AGCUGUUUUGUGACCAAAGUGAUUUUGGGUUCAAAGUUCAACUUGCCGCACACAAUAUAGGGGGAUAAAAAGCUGUGUGUGUGUGUGAGAGAGAGAGAGAACGCUUGGGGAGGUGUUUUGCAGUUUUAGCCCAGACCAAACAGACACACAUAAGUCACCAGCUGAAUGGAAGCCGGCAUGGACCUCCUCCACCACACAGGCAUCCAAGCUACACACUACCUCCAAGCAAGCUACCCAGGAUCCCAGGACUGGUUCCUGUUCGUCUCUUUUGCUGCUGACCUCCGAAACACCUUCUUCAUCCUCUUCCCCAUCUGGUUCCACCUCUGCGAAGCCGUGGGCAUCAGGCUGAUCUGGGUGGCCGUGAUUGGCGACUGGUUGAACCUCGUCUUCAAAUGUGGGGAGAUCGUGAGGAAACCCGGACAUUUCGAGUGACUCUCCCAGGAUUAAUCGCCAGUGGGAUAUGCCAACCCAGCUCAUCUCCAGACUACAAGAGAGCAGUUUCCCUGGAGAAAAG